CCAGUGCUCAUUUAGUCGCAUAGUUUAUGCCAGUUACUAGUCACUAACUAGCACUUCCGCUAACUAGCAACAGUAUAGAGAAUUGAAAGGAAACAGGAUGUACAACGCAGGCUAUCAAGUGGAUGUGAUCGAUCCGUACUACCAGCCACCCGUGGAGGUCAUCAAUGUGGUGCAGCCCCCACCACCUGUGGAGGUGAUCAUGCCGGCGUCCAAUUACCAACAGCCUGUGGUGGUGGUGGAGCAGCCCAGCUACCCCCCACCUGGACCUCCACCAGGACCCAGUGACGCCGAGUGCUGUAUGAUGCUGGGAGCCUGCUGUGUCCUGGAGGAACUGUGUGUCAUCUCGUAGAGAAAUACCUCGCUUGUGGAAUAAUACCUGUAACGAAUAAGAACUGUGUAACUUUUAUGAUAAAUAUAGACUGAAGACAAGGUGA